AUCUGGAUCUUUGUACCUCGAGCUUCAAAGCUUCAAAGCUUCAAACAAUAAAUUCACAACCUCAAAACUAUUCAACUUCCGACAAGAAGCAUAGAACUGUUCAGUAUCCGCUGGAUUUCCGUCGAAACAUAUCAUGAAACACCAUAUAUUGGCAUGAGAUCAUUUUUCUGCUCUAUCCGCAGUAACGGCAUAGCCAUUAUCCACCCGCGAAGCUAUGGCGCGCGUAGUACCGAGAACGUCCGUGGCGGCUGAUAAGUUCAAGACUAUACUUCCCAAUUUGAAACCAACGAUAUACCAUGACCCGGCCGUAAACAAGACUCCAAAUAACAUUCGCACAAUUGCUUGGAAUCCACUGGGUAAUUAUAUUGCGACUGGUUGUUUAGAUAAAACAUUACGCGUCUGGAAUGCGGACAAACCUAACGUUCGUCAAACGACCGAGUUGAAAGGUCAUACGGCAUCAAUCGAAAAGGUUGCCUUCAAUCCCGUCAAGGAGCUCGAGUUAUGUAGCGUGAGCAGUGACGGAGUGGUUAGAUUCUGGGAUGUCAAGACUAAGCAGGUCUUGAACGAGGUUAAAGGCUUAGGCGAGACCUUCACUUUAGCAUGGCAUCCCCGCGGCGAAUGUAUCAUUGUUGGGAAUAAGGAAGAUAAGCUCUUCAUUAUUUCACCAACCCAAAGCACACCAAUUUCGUCACACCAACAGCCUGUGCAGACCAACGACAUUGCGUUCUGCUGGAGUGGCCAGAGAAUAUUUGCUACUACUGGAGAUGGGAAAACAAGAAUCCUCUCAUUCCCGAAUUUUGAGCCUGCCUACCAAUUUGACUACAAAGAAGGUCCAGAUGCCGAAUUCAAGUUGACCGGGCAUACCUCAUCCUGCAUAUCUGUUGAACUACAUCCAUAUAAUCGGUACCUAGCCACGGGCGGAACAGAUUCACUGAUUUCGCUUUGGGAAACAACGGAAUGGAACUGUGUUAGAACUGCGACUAAGAUGACCGGUCCAGUUCGCAGUCUUAGUUUCUCCUGGGACGGUCUCUAUAUAGUAGGCGGAAGUGAGGAGGGAUCCGGACUGGAGAUCUUCAACUCCGAAACGGGAGAUCAUCUCUGCACAUAUAAGACUACGACACCUUCUCCCGUCAUUGCAUGGUCUCCAAACCGAUAUUCACUCGCCUAUAUUGACUCGGGAAGUCUACGAGUAAUAGGGGCCAGCCCAGGGACGAAGUAAGAAGACUUAGAGUCAGUUUGAUUUACGGUUAUGAAAACAGGUAAUUAGAAGAAGUCCAUAGUUCCGGUAGCUGCAACGAUGACAAAGACCGAACUCUGAACGAAUACAGAUAAAUUGCAUUUGUAUACGGCGGAUUUAGGGAUCGUGGUAAAAAGCAGUCGCUAAAAACGGGGUUACUAAUCUAGACGGAUAGAGGGACCUAAUGCUGCUUAUUAUUGCCAUUAGAGACAAGCGUUGGUUUAACAGGGUUGGGGGUGACGUCUGAUAUAGCAUACGAAAAGCUAUCUCGCGAGAUAAUACCUAUUUUGCCAAUAACCCUGGAUUAUCACAUAAAGCUUACUGAGAGAGACAGCAGUUUAAUAAGAAGUUUGUUCAGUAUGCACUGCCUUUCCCUGAAAGCUUUGAUAACAAGAGUAUUAUACGGUGAAUUGGCAUCGCAGUGCUCUGAGGCUGUUAAUUUUCUCUGCGCCAAUCAUGGUUAUUUACUC